AUGGCUGAAAGCCAUAACCUUGUCUCUGAUCCCAGAUUAUACAUUCUUCUAGUUGCUCUGAGCUCGGCUGUGCUUGUUGUCACACUCUACCAUUGCGCAGUCAUUUGUUGCUGCAACCGCAACCCCCAACCACGACAAACACGACGCCGUUUGAGGCCCGAAACCACGGGGCUCACAGAUGGCAGCAUGGGGCCUUCAUCGGCAUCCGAACUCAUUCCGUCCAGGAAGUAUCAAAGGGACGUUGGCUUGGUCUUGGUGGGAGACGGUAUGUGUGCUGUGUGCAUAAGUGAUUUUGAAGAAGGUGAAGAGUUUCGUACCUUGCCGGAAUGCAUGCACUCAUUUCACGUUUCAUGCAUUGACAUGUGGCUGUUUUCUCAUUCAAGUUGCCCGAUUUGCCGUGCCGACGCCACACUCUCAUCCCUCGUAGUUCGGUGUUUGCCUGAUUUAGAGUCCGGUAACGUAGAGAGCCGAUAA